UCCUGCUUUGAAUCAGAAUCGCUGCCCCAGCAUAUAUUUAUACGUAUAUGUUCGGUCUAGCGCCGCGGAGGAUCGCUCCUGGAUCAUCUCGUCUCCCUUGCCUCUCGGACCCGCUCAGACCGACGAGGCUUUAUUCGUCCCAAAGCGUUAUCGCCAAGACCACGGGUAUCUGCGGAUGAAUGGCACAUUUAAAACGAUAGGGGACGAAUAAAGAAAUUUACGGACGAUACCCGGAGCUUAUUCUGUGCGCAGGGGUCGGAUCGAAGGAUUUUUUUUUUGGUGGAUUAUUGCUCUUGGAAGACGGCGAGUUUUUGCUCUCCACGGAGUUUAUCGGCGUAGCAUUUUCGGCUAUUCAGUCCGUUUUACGGCACACAAAUUGCGUUGAUGUUGGACGUUUUUAGCAUGCUGACCGUGAGACGUGCUGAAAAAAUAAACACGACAUGUGUUGCGGGUCUUUUUUUUGUCGUGUGUAGUUGAGAGUCAGUCCGGCGCUCAUCACAAGUGAGUGGCUUCCAUGCUGCUAUAUGCUAUAGCAUUUUAGCGUGUCCGCAUCAACGUCCAUAAACUGUUAGACAUUUGUUUUAACCAGACACGGGUGAUGCGCGUUCACCUCCCGAGGAAGAGGUGACUUGUCGCAUGAGCCUCGGCUGUCUGUCAGAAAGCUAGUUUUUUUUUGGGGGGGGGGGGGGUCGUACAGACAACAAGAGACUUGCGUAUGCGACAGAUCGCCACAGUUUACCCGGCUCCCAGUUUCCCCAUCGCUUCACUUCAGGCUGCUUGUCGUUGCCUGGACUCGGAUCCCGGAAUCUUCAUGAUUUGCGGACACCAUGCUCGUUUUUUAGCCGGGAAACCCUGUUUUCGUCCCGCAUGUUUAGGACCAAACGAUCGGGGCUCGUCCGGCGACUGAGGAGCCGUGCGCCCGUUGAGGGCGACGGGGAGACGGGUAGAGGGACACAUGGCUCCGGGGGUUGCUGCAUGGGCAAAACGACAAAGGUCCCCAAGUCCAACGCCGGCUCGGAAGCUGAAUUGAAGGCGUUGACCCACUCGAUAUUAAAAAAGAUUAAGGAGAAACAGUUAGAGGUGCUUUUGCAAGCGGUGGAGUCCAAGGGGGGUGCCCGGAGCCCCUGUCUACUCCUACCCAGCAAAGUGGGACGCCAAAGUGGGUCAGCAGUCUUACUCCUCCCUUUGCUGCUCUACAAAGUGUUCAGGUGGCCGGACCUCAGGCAUUCCUCGGAGCUAAAGAGGCUUUCUUGCUGUGAAUCCUACGGGAAAAUCAACCCAGAACUGGUCUGCUGCAAUCCGCACCACAUGAAGCUUUGUGAACUCGAGUCUCCUCCUCCUGCCAUACUCGCGUAUCCCAUGGACUUUCUUAAACCACCCGAUUCUCCAGACUCUGGACCGUCUUCCAGUGAAACUGGGGGAAUGACCUACUCGGCCCCCGUGGGGCUUUCAGAUUCCCUGGCUUUGCAUGAGUCGGGUGAGCAGGCCCACUGGUGUGUGGUGGCAUACUGGGAGGAGAAGACCCGCGUCGGGCGUCUCUACUCGGUCCAGGAGCCCUCCCUGGACAUCUUCUACGACCUACCUCAAGGGAACGGCUUCUGUCUGGGCCAGCUCUGCUCAGACAACAAGUCCCAGCUGGUGCAGAUGGUGCGGGCCAAGAUUGGCUUCGGCAUCCAGCUGACACGUGAGCCUGACGGGGUGUGGGUCUACAACCGCAGCUGCUACCCCAUCUUCAUUAAGUCGGCCACACUGGACAACCCGGACUCGCGCACGCUGCUGGUGCACAAGGUGUUCCCCGGAUUCUCCAUCAAGGCUUUUGACUUUGACAAGGCCUGCAGCCUUCAGAGGCCGAAUGACCACGAGUUCACACAGCAACCUCGGACGGGCUUCACAGUCCAGAUCAGCUUUGUCAAAGGCUGGGGACAAUGCUACACGAGACAGUUCAUCAGUAGUUGCCCGUGUUGGUUGGAAGUCAUCUUUAACACCCGAUAGCAGCAACCUUGCUUUUCUUUGUCCUUCUCGUCCUCCUUCCCCUCACAAACAGACUGAACGCCCGCCCCCCACCCGACCCUCCCAAUUCCUUUUCGUUCCACAGGUUCAACUGAAAGAAAUGUUUUAAAAAGAGAAAGAAAAUAUUAAAUUCUGAUGAACUUUGUUUAAUAAAUGACUAAGAUUUAAUUAAGUAAAAUAAGAGGCGAAAAAAUGUAUUUUAUGUUAUAUAUAAAUAUAUUAUUACUUGUAAAUAUGAAGACGUUUUAUAUGCAUCAUUAUUUAUGUAUUGUGCAAUGUGUCGAUGAGGAAAAAAGAAAAUAAGAUGCACUUUGCUUAAUAUAAAUGCAAAACAAAGAAAUGCCAAAAUAAAAAAAAAUACAAAUAAAUUUGC